AUGGGAUUGGCUCAGCAGAAGCAGUUGCUCAAGUAUUUGUUCAGAGAUUAUCACAAAGAAUUGAGGUGAACGUUUCAAUUACCAGAAUACCGUAAUCUAUGAAUUGCAGGCCGGUGAAAGAUGAGUCGAGUGGCCCCACAAAUGUGACAGUUCAAUUGUACUUCAAACAAAUACAAAAGGUCCACGAGAACGAUCAGAUUAUCACUCUGUACUGUUGGAUUGAAGAGGUAUACUUCCUCCAUUCCCUAAAGUGUACGGGUUUCUUUGCAGUACUGGUACGAUGAGUUCUUGACAUGGAACCCUGAAGACUUUAACAACAUCAAAUCACUUCAUGUUCCGUCGGAUAUGAUUUGGAAACCGGACUUGUUGGUUUAUAACAAGUACGUGUAAUUUAUGCCUCUCCCUACUGAAAAUAAGGUUUCCAGUGCUAACAUGAACAUUAAAGAGAACGAAAUGCAGACGAAUGUGCAGAUCGAGCACAGCGGAAAGAUCUCGCUCUUCCGGUAAGCUCGCGCCUCUUCAUUUCCCAUUCCAGCACGCGUGGGAACUUCCUUCAGUUAUUGACGACUGAUUGUUUUCAGGGCUAUUAUAACCGACAUCACUUGUGACUUGCAAAUGGAAAAGUUUCCGUAUGAUCAGGUUUGAGAAGAAGAAUCACUACAUGUUAAUUUGAGUUUUAGCAAAUCUGCUACAUAAUGCUUGCUUCGUGGUCUUACGACGGCUCCCAAAUCAUGUUGAACACUGCCGAACAACCGACGGAGACGCCAUUGGACAUCAAGAACAGAACAAAUCUUGCCGUUCUCAACCACUACAUUCCCAAUAUGGAAUGGAAGCUCGUCGACUUUCAAUACCGCAACAACCUCAAAUACUAUGACUGCUGCCCGAACCCUUAUCCCGACAUAUCCUACUUCUUCGCCAUCAAACGGAACCCCAGCUACUAUCUGUUCACUCUCAUCAUUCCCUCCGCUUUCAUCACCAUCGUCACUGUCAUCGGCUUCUUACUCCGCACUCUUCAACUGGAGAGAAUACGGAGAAAGUCAGUCUGGGAGUCACUGCCCUCCUGUCUCUGGCCAUUAUUUGUGAGUGUCCGUGUCCGAACUAACAUCCGUCUUUUCUUUCAGUGAUGAUGGUGUCGGACAAGCUUCCGGCUACUUCCAACUCUGUUCCGUUGCUCGGUCAAUACUACAUCGGACUCAUUUUCAUCAUGUUCCUCGCCACCUAUUGUACCACAUUCACGCUGGGAAUUCAGAUGCAAGGAAACGCGGUAGAUCAUGCAUUCAUGCUCAUGAAGUUGAAGUGAGAAAUGAUGUUUCAGGGUCGGCCAAUCACUCGGAGACUCCGAUCGUUCCUUCUUUCCAUCCGAAUGAACCGCAACUCUUUUGUGCAGUGGUUCUUCGGCCGAGAGCUGAUGAACACUCAGGAGAGCAUCAAAAUGAGACUGAAGAAAUACGUGAGUCCUCGUUUCUGUACUCCCCCCGUCCUUUGUCACUUGUCUUUGUCAUUUCGCUCCCCUCAAUCUGCUUCAUCACCCUGUGACAUAGCAUGUGCCCAUCGUGCUCUCCAAUUCUACAGGACAAACUGUCGGAGCUGAAAAAGACGUUCGCCAAGGGUUUUGUGCAGUUUCAGCAAAAGUUACUCAAGACCGACGAGCCAAAGGUAUUGUUCGUUUUCAUUGAAUUUGCCGCACUGCUUGGAAUGCGUCUUUUUUUGAGUUUAAUGUAGGGAUGCAGAACAGGCGCAUGCGCCCAAAAUCGCCUAUUUUGCAUCCCUAGUUUAAUGCAUGAUUUGAGUUGUUUUCUCACGCAAUCCUCCGUUCCCUACGUUUCCUGCCAUUUCGACUGACAUUUCACGAACAACGAUUUUCGUUCAGCACAACAAGACGUCGCUGGUCGAGCAGGAGUCCGUCGACAGUUCGAAACUUCUGGAUCCGGCAAUGUACAACGUGGUGGUCGAUGUGCUCAGUUCCGUGCAGUCAAUCAGACAAGAUCUCACAUCUCAGGAGCAUUUGAAGAGGAUCAGAAAGGAAUGGCAGAUGCUGGCGAGGUUUCUUUGAAUGUCUGAAGCCUUGCAGUUCAUAAAUACUCUCAGAAUGCUCGAGAAGAUCAUCAUGUGGGUGUUCAUCCUUUCCACAGUCGUCUUCGCCUCUUUCAUGCUCUAUGAUACCCAGGAUCCUCCAUAUAUCACAAAUGAAGUUAUGCGCUCAAAAUCAACGUGAUGGUCAGAUCUCCGAUUUAUCAUCACUCUUCAGAAAAGACAAGACCUGUCUUCAUUUAUAUAAUUCUGUAAAUAAAGUAUCUAAAAUGAACAUUUUUCCAAAGAAACAGUCCAAUAGAGCACAAGGGGCCACGCCGAACCAGAACUGUCCCGAAUCAAACCAAUUAGCACUGAAAAUAGUUCUGAUUCGGCGUACCCUCGAGCACAAUUGUCUCGACACGACAACAAAUUACAAUUUUGUGACGUCGUGCCUUUUCGUUUCCAAAUUGACCAGAGACUCGUUUGGCAAGAGACACAGACGCGAAAAAAGUAGAUAAGACGGUCAGCAGGUUCUUUUGUGUUUUCCCCCAUUCCGUUCGUCUUGUGACGUGGUUUUCAAUUGAAUACAACGCUAUUUUUCGGUUGUUUGCAAAACAUGCUCGAGUUGGACAAGGACAAAAAGUUUUGAUUGGAUGCAUUGCGAGUUCGUUCAUCUUCUAUCAUGUACGGUAUAGCAACCCGAUCUCAACUUGAGCCCUUUCCGUUCGUUUCAGACAGCCCGUCAAGUUUAUUCGUACAUCAAUGCGAAAUCCCAGGAAUGGGUGCCGAUUGGGCUUGUUAAAAGUCUUCACAUCUACCCGAUGAAAUCCUGUAAACCAGUUGAUGUGAGUGUCAAGAAUUCUCCGAAUAUUUAAAUGCCUUACUUUUCAGUUAUUUGCGUUCAAAUGCACAAAAACUGGCCCCGUGUUCGGCGAACUCGAAGAUCGCGCAUUCCUUUUGGUGGAUGAGAACACGGGAAAGUGAGUGCCUGCAUUAUUGAUCAUUUAGGUUAAUUUUCAUGCUCAGGUUCAUAACUGCUCGCCAGAAACCGAAGCUUGUACACGUGGAAUGUCACGUGCAAGACGGUCACUUGCAGAUCACGGUCCCCGGUCAGCCGACGUUGAGUGUCGACCUGAAGAAAGCAGAAGCGAGCGGAAGACUCAUCCGUGCCUCGUCAGUUUCUGACUCCCACGCAUUUCGAGCACUUAUUUUGCAGCCUUUUCGACAAUCUCAAACAGGACGGGUACGACUGCGGAGACGAGGUGGCCGCCCUGCUCUCCGAGUACAUCGAAGAGCCCGACUAUCGUCUAAUAUUUUACAAAGAGGGUCUUUACACGGAGAGAACAUGCGUGCCGGAUGACGAAUGGUGGAAUAGUCCCGUGCCGAGGAGAAAGGAUGAUGUGGGUGAACCGAGAAGCCCAAAUUAAAUUAUCAUUUCAGUCUGGAUUCACCGAUCUGGCUCCGUUCUUGAUCGCCACAGAAGCGUCCCUCAACGCGUUGAAUGAUCGCUUGGAGAAGAAGGUAAUCAUCGGAUGCAGCGGAAAAUGUCGAAGACGUGCUUGCAGGUUACUUCUCGAAACUUCCGUCCGUCCAUUUACAUCGAGGGCUGCCUUCCGUGGGACGAGGACAAGUGGGCGCAAGUGCGCAUCGGAGACGCCGUUCUCGAGUGCUUCGCCCCGUGCACCCGAUGCGUCCUCACCACCGUCGACCCGGAAAAGGGCGAAAUGAGCAAGGAGAACCAGCCGUUGAAGAAGCUUCGAGAGUUCCGAUUAGUGCCGGAGGGCAAGAUGCGGAAGGCGCACAAGGACAGUCCGGUGUUCGGAGUGUACGCGGGCAUCCAGAACGAGGCGUAUAUCCACGUGGGACAGACCGCCUACGUCAGAUACAAACCCACUGCGUUUUGA